GACAGUUGCUGUAUGUUUAAGCUUUCAUAAAAUUUGUAUUUUCGCUCAAUUUGUUCAAUUUAUUGAAGUUUUACUAUAAAUAAUUGACUCGUUAAUGUAAAGUGAAUGAAUUAUUAAUAUAUACAAAGUUUUGUAUUUUAUCUUACUGAACAAUGGCAGAAGUUGGAUUCCCAGGACAGCACACCACCACAACAACGGUGACAUCCAGCACUACGGUACAGACCAAUCUAAGGUUUGAUCCAGAAUAUGUCAAGACAAUACCAGGAAUACUCAAAGUUGUUCAAGUUGGAAGCAGCCUGCUAGGCUUCAUCUGCAUCAUGUGCUCAAGAUUUAGCUACAUCGGGAAAGCGGUCUACUUCAGCUGGAUCUCCAUGAUCGCGUUCUGGUUCACGGGUAUCCUGCUAGGGUUCUACCUGUUCCACAUGGUGGAGAAGUUCUACAAGAUCCCCUGGCUCAAGAUUGAGUUCGUGUUCUGUGCGCUCUGGACUCUACUGUACCUGCUCGCGGCCAUCUUGGCCACGACUGUGCAUGACAACCCUCAUUCUGCUGCUGCGUUCUUCGGAUUCGUGGCAACAGCGGCGUACGCCGUCGACGCGUUCCUCAAGUGGCGCGCGGUCCGCGGCGGGGGACUCGCGCAGGGCUCGCGCGUCGUCUCCAAGCAGACCACCUCCGUGGAGUCUCCGCCCCCGAGGAUCGGAUACUGAACACCUUACACCUGCUACCGAACCGUGGUGAGGCAACCCCAGAUUACCAGUCACACCUUAGUGUUUUAAUAAUCGUAUUGUUUUAAUAGAAUAAUUUAUCGUGCACGUAAAAGACCAUUCAAAUAUGUACAGUUUAUAAUUGGAACAAAUUACAAUAGCUGCCUUUAUACGAAUCGUUUUAUCGCGCGCGAUUAUGACCGCACGCGAUAUAGCGCGGGAAAGUCAGUUCACGUAAUCGCUAAUGAUUUAGUUUCAUUAUUUUUUGUGUUCA